AUGGUUCUAAUCGCUCCCUCUGUUGCUGGACUUCAGAAUCUGAAAAAUGUUUGUGAGGUAUUUGCAAUUGAUGAAGAUAAAUUGUAUAAAAAGAGUGUAUGCAUUUAUGUCCACGAACACAAAUAUUUGAAGACGCUGUUGUUUCUUAUUCGGGAUUGGCGGGGUAUUAAAGAGUUCAAGUUUGGUGAAGAUCAAGGGAAACAAUACCUAGACAAGUUCAUGGCAACAGACAUAGGUGACCAAGGCGAAGAAAAUAAGGAAGUUAGAAACAACAUUUCUAAGGUGUUUACUAAUUUAAGGUGUUACCUGAUGCCUUCCCCUGGAGAUGAUGUCUGUGAGGGAAAUGCCAAAUGUGUCAUUGGAGAAACAUCUCAACGAUUCCAGGAGCAUUUUAUGAAUUUGAUGCAGACUUUGUUUGCCUCAGGAAUAUCUGAAGUUCAAAGAAUUGAUGGCAGAGACAUGACAUGUGGGAUUUUAUGUAGAAACUUUCAGGAACUUACAGACUCUAUUAAUCGUGGAAAAGGAUUUGACAUUACUUCGAUGGCGGAGGCUAAUGCUAUUUCACAUGAAUUUAAAAUGUACAGAAAAGUGCUCAAUGAUUUUGAUGCAAGGAUUAAAAAGAUACUUGAAACGUACCAAGACGAUGUCAAAGGAAUUAUGGAUAAGGAGAAGGAAUUCACACUGGAAGACUUCAAGAAGAAGUGUGGACCUUCUCCCAGUAAAGAGUAUGGAGUUCAAGAAGAAGAGCUGGGAAAAAAGCUUGAUGGUCAAAUUCAGACUUUCCGCUCUGAUUUCGCUGUCAAAGAA